GUCUGAAGUGUCUCAAGUGAGAAAAUAUAAAGCUCACAAGGGAGAGUAAGAAGUCCAGUCUCUGGUGGGCUGGCAAAACAUAUGAAUGCUUAGAAGAUAUUCAGGGGAGCCAUUUAAUAAAAGGACAACUCAUUCUGGAUUCCUUGACUGCUGGAAAACUGAAGAGCAACCUUCAGGUUUUAAUUAAUUCAACUGAGUCUCAUCCUUAAUAGUCACAAAAGAGGCUGACUCUGGAUUCAGGACUUUGAGAGUCAUUGAAUUUCCUCAUCUUCUUAUCUGACUUAUAAUGGAGUUCAUGUAUUUUGUUGCCAUCCUUCUGAUGCAGAUGCCAGUACCAAUUUCAGCACAGUUCAUUGUCCAUGGCACAGUAGAGCCUUUGGUGGCCCCGUUGGGUGGACAUGUUGAGAUCCACUGUCAUCUUUCACCACCACAAAGUGCAGCACACAUGGAGGUGCGCUGGUUCCGGAACCGCUACACUCAGCCUGUGUAUUUAUACCAAGAUGGCAGAGAUUUUUAUGGAGAAAUUAUUAAAGAUUAUGUGGAACGGACGAAAUUGCUGAAAGAGUCCAUUGGGGAAGGCAAUGUGACUCUCAGAAUUGAAAAUGUUGUCGCUUCUGAUUCUGGGGAGUAUCAUUGUUUGUUUAAAGAUAGUGACUUCUCUGAAGAAGCCAUUGUGGAGAUAAAAAUAGCAGCUGUAGGCUUGGAGAUGCAGUUUAAUGUAAAUGUUACAAGCAGUGAUAUAAUAGUGGAGUGUAAUUCAGGAGGAUGGUUUCCUAAACCUCAGAUACAAUGGAUAGAUAGCAGCGGACAAAUAAUUCCACCUUCAUCAGAAUCCUACUCACAAGAUCAAUCCAAGUUAUUCCACAUAAGCACUACUCUUAUCCUCAAUGACAACUCCAAAAGAGGUGUUACAUGUAACCUUCAGAAUCCAAUUACUGGCCAAAAGAAGCGGACAAAUAUUAAACUAGAAGAUGAUUUGCUCCCAGACAAUAUUUAUUGGAAAGUACCGGUAGCACCUUGCAUAAUCAUUGCUGUGAUGCUAUUUGUCAGAUAUGUUUACUUUUUGUGUUACCAGCCAAGAAAUAAAGAUCUCUAUCUGAAAGAACACCUAUUCAGAUCCUCUGCCCAUUUUCAAAUCAGAUUGAUGGAGUUUUUCUUAUUGAAUUGUUUUCUUUUAAAAGUAUUUAUUUCAAUGCUCCUGGUUUAUGGAGGUUUGGCAACUUUUCUACUUGUGAUCCAGUAUCCUGCAACGAAAGAGCCUGUCAACACAGACAAUAUAAUUACGAAUAAAGAAAAAUUCGUAAUCCAUUCUGUGAUAAUAGUAUUUGUCUCCAUGAUUAGCUCUUUAUUGUACACCUUUCAAAAAGUUUGCAUUGAUGAGGAUUUCAGGCAUGGCAAAGCUAGAGCCUGUGCUCUGCGUCACAACAAGCUGUAUCGCUGGCUGGCAUUGCCAUCUCAUCGGGAGAUCAGAGUCAUCUUCUUCUUGGAUUUUCAAGGUACAUGGUCAAGCAAUCAAGACCAUGAAGAUGAAGCCACACAUGAAUUAGCCACAAUAAGGAGCCAGGACUGCAAUACAACUAAAAGGAGGAGAGCCACCUUAUGAGUUUUGUCUACUUGUACCUGAAAUGCUAUACAAUUAAUUUGGGUUAACAACAGUUAAUGUCCAAGAACGCAUGUAAAGCUAUUAUAUCUGUGCUUAUUAUAUGAUAAACAUUCACUAAAUGUUAGUAUUACAACUAUUAAAAUUAUCCUAUAUAAUAAACGCCUAAUAUGCCAAGUG